UCCUCUUUUGAACUUCAGAAUUGGUUUAUCCUCUGGCUGGAAUCUGCCAAGCCUGGAGAGAAGCCCGUACUUGUGUGCUGUUGGAACCAAUUUGCUCCAGGGAGUGAUGAGAGUCCCCUCGUUCCUACCUCUCCUUGCCACUGAGAGUGACUGGACUGACUCCAAGCCCUCACAGACUUUGGGCCAUAUGCUACUGUGGACAGCUGUGCUACUUCUGGCUCCUGUUGCUGGGACACCUGAUCUCCCAAAGUCUGUGGUGAAACUUGAGCCCCCAUGGAUCCAGGUACUGAAGGAAGACUACGUGACACUGAAAUGCCAAGGGGCCCGCAAUACUGAGGACCAUUCUACUCAGUGGUUCCACAACAGGAGCCUCAUCCUGACCCAGACCCAGCCCAGUUACAGGUUUAAGGCCAAGAACGAUGACAGUGGGGAGUACACAUGCCAGAUGAACCAGACGAGCCUCAGUGACCCUGUGCAUCUGGAUGUACAUUCCGACUGGCUUCUGCUCCAGACCUCUCAACUGGUAUUCCAGGAGGGGGACACCAUCAUAUUGAAGUGCCACAGCUGGAAGAACAAUCCUCUGAACAAGAUCACAUUCUACCAGAAUGGAAAUUCUAAGCAGUUUUCCCAUUACAAUAACAACUUCUCCAUUCCAUUAGCAAACCAAAGUCACAGUGGUGAUUACUACUGCAAAGCAAGUGUAGGAAGGAAGUCCUACUCAUCAAAGUCUGUGACCAUCACUGUCCAAGGGUCCAAGUCAACCCACUCUUCACUGGCGGUGAUCAUUUUGCCUGUGGUGACCGGGAUUGCUGUAGCUGCCAUUGUGGCUACUAUAGUGGUCUUGAUCUACCUCAAGAGAAAACGAACUUCAGCUCUCCUGGGAAACCCUGAGCACAGGGAAAUGGGAGAGACCCUCCCUGAGGAACUAGGUGAGUACAGCAUUCCCUUUGGGGACUCAAUGAUGUCCCACCCCGGGCUGCCAGAUGGAUCAGAGCCAGCAACAAGUGGCUUGUGUAAGUUCAGCCUGAGCAUGAGAGGGAGGGGGCAAUGGGAGGAGGGCAGAGGCUCAAAUCACUUGGCCAGUUCUGAGUCUAACUCCUGGGCCCAAAGAGGGAACCUGGGAACAUUUGCAGAACAGAAAAUCAGAGAUAUUUGGAUAUUUCUGUAAUUUGGCAAAGUUGGCACAGAAUAGGGGUAAGAAGAUGUAAGAUGUAGGCCAAUGGAAUUAAAGAGGUAGGGGUCUAAGAGGAAAGGAGGAGGAAGAGUGGGGAAAACCCUUAGAUUUUUUGAGGAAUAGGGAUAGGGGUAGGUAUGGUAGAGCUUUGUUCUUAGUGGAAUAUUAAGAGGAGAUUUGGGCUUCAUAAAAUUCUGGGGGAACCAGAGCCAUUAAUGGGCUUUAUUUUGUGGACAAAGUUUGAUUCUGAUGUCCACUGUGUCAGUUUAUUAAAUAUUGACCUGGUUCUACCAUCAUCAUACAAUAGAAUACUGAGCACAUCACUUUCCCUGAUGGGGUUUAGACACCUCACUGAGGAAGUGUGUGGGUUGGCUUAGAUGACCUCUGAGCCCUUGUAGGCCUGACAUUUUGAGAGCCAGUGACCAUCCAACCUCUGGCCCAGGUCAAGGUAUGUAAAAGGAGCAGUGUUCCAGGAGACUUUCUCACUGUGGUUAAAAUCAGAGCACAAAGGAGACUGGAAUUUUCACAGGGGCUUCCGUGAUAGCAGAAAUAGGCAGGAAGAAGAGACCCUUGAAGAUUCUACCUAAGAUGUCUGGAGUAUGACUCAGAGCAGAGCCAACAGAUUUGAGAGCUUGAGCAAUCUUUUACUCAUGUAGCUUCACUUUGAGCAGGGUUUGUGUGUCCUUUGGCAGUCCAUGUGGGGAUGUGGGCCUGAGUCCACAACUAGGGCCAAGCCAGAUCUAGAAAAAAGUCCAAACACAACUGGAUUCACCACUUCAUUGUUUGGUUUUUGUCUACACUGGCAUAAAUAUUUCCUAAGGCAUCUAUGCAGCCAGGCACUGGAGCUGAUGGUUUCCCAAAAGGUACAGUAAGUUGCUGGGAUUUGAGAAAUGAGGAAUGUAUUAGAAGGGGAAUUCUGAGAGUAGUUUGUUCUAGAAUUUGGAACAUGACAAAUAGGGGCUCUUUGUGUCCAGGGGUGUGUGAAGAGACUAGAGGCAUUGUCUCAAGCUCCUCCCCAACUUCCUGGGAAAUGAUGAUUUAUAGAUUACUGAGGCGCUUUUCACAUUGGAAAGUGAACUUAGAGCAAAAA